AUGGCGCGCCGUCAAUCGUUGGGCUUACGGCUUUUGCUGUUGUCCCUGGUGUAUCAGGUCAGCGGACAAGGUACAACACCAAAGACAGGAUGGAACUCGGAGGGUUGCUAUGUUGAUUCCGUGGCGGGCCGGACGCUUUCGGUAGGCAUGGGGGUGACGGGUGGUAUGACCAACGCAAAGUGCAAGGACGCUUGUCGAGCAGCAGGGUACGUGCUUGCUGGCACCGAGUAUGCUGGAGAGUGUUUCUGCGACAACCAGUUCAGGAACAACGGCGGGCCUGCACCUGAUGGCGAAGUAGGUUGCAACAUGGCUUGUAACGGCAACCAGACGGAGAUGUGCGGUGGAUCCGACCGCUUGACCACCUUCAAGUUUUACACAGGUGGAGAAUCUACUGCAUCAUCUGCUGCACCAACAGUUGCCCCUUCGACUGCUGUAUCGACUGCAAACCCAAGUGUGCCUGCAACUAGCACCUCUGCCGCGCAGCCAGUAGCGACCGGACUUCCAAAAGGCUUCGAGUACAAGGGCUGCUAUGUCGACGGGCCCGGAUUCCGCAUUGUGAACUAUCAGCAACCUGACGACCAAGCCAUGACCAUCGCCUCGUGUGCUACCAAAUGUGCGGCUGCCGGAUACCAAAUCGCCGCCAUGGAAUACAGCUACCAAUGUUUUUGUGACAAUGCUGUCAGGAUGGGCGGCAAGCUCGCCGAGUCAGAGUCAGAUUGUAACACAAAGUGUGCAGGCGACCAAAGCCAGACAUGCGGAGGCCCCAACAGGAUGAGCAUCUGGUCAUCUCAGGAACCACUCAAGGUCAUCCAAGCUCCCAAGCCCGUAGCAAACGUGAGCGGUUGGGAGUACCAAGGUUGCAUCACUGACAACGUCAACGGUCAAUCCGUCUUUCCAUGGAAGCUAGUCAACCAAACUGCCAACUCUCCACAAUGGUGUCUGAGCCAAUGUCAAGCUUUCGGCUACAUGGCUGGAGGUAUGGAGUACGGUGAAGAAUGCUACUGUGGAGACCUCGAUGGUAUCGAGAAGACUGGAUCUCAAGUAGCGCCCGAAUCUGACUGCAACACUGCCUGCUCUGGCGACCCGGAAGCCCUCUGCGGCCAAGGUAAUCGACUGAGCUGGUACAAGUGGACAGCCGACCCGCUUUACGUCUUCGACUAUCCCAAAGGCAACGCCGCUGGACGAUAUGAAUUCCUCGUCGGCGGACCCAUCAUCCCGUUGAUCUCACAACCCGGCAUUAACGGCAAAAUCUCUUUCCUAGAGAAACACGGAACAGGAGAGCCAAACACGACUGGAGCUUAUGAAUUCGACCCUUCGAUUGGCGGAGACAUCUUCCAUGCUUUCCGCGAACUCCGCGGCAUUAAGACGGAUAUUUUCUGUGCGGCAGGACUGACUAUGCCGGAUCGAGCCGGUCGUCAAAUCAACAUUGGUGGAUGGUCGACAGAUUCCCUGUUUGGCGUUCGCAUUUACUGGCCCGACGGCUCAGCUGGAGUCAACGGUACAAACGACUGGCAGGAGGAUGUCAGCACUGUCAAGUUGCAGCGAGGUCGAUGGUACCCCACAGGCAUGGUCAUGGCCAACGGAUCGAUGCUCAUCGUCGGUGGAGAGGAUGGCUCAAAUGGACCCCCAGUACCGAACAUGGAGAUCUUGCCUACUGUCGGGCCUGUCUAUGAGGCACAGUACCUACGUGACACUGACCCUUACAACCUUUACCCAUACCUGGUCGUGCUUCCGUCUGGUGGUAUCUUUAUCCAGUACUACAACGAGGCGCGCAUCCUGGACGAAGUCACCUUGGAUACAGUCAAGGUCUUGCCCAAGGUCCCUUCGUCAAUCGUCGAUCCCACCGGAGGCCGCACGUACCCGCUUGAGGGUACCCAGGUCCUUAUGCCACAGUACUACCCCUACGAUGCACCUCUUGAGGUUCUCAUCUGCGGUGGUGCAGCCAGGCAGCCCGCCUGGGGCCUCGACAACUGCGUUAGUAUCGAACCAGACGCGCCAAACCCACAAUGGACUCUUGAACGCAUGCCAUCCAGGCGUGUCAUGUCGUGCAUGGCAACGCUUCCAGACGGAACUUUCCUGAUCCUCAACGGAGCUGAGAUCGGUGCGGCAGGCUUUGGUCUUGCAGACCAAUCCAACCUGAAUGCUGUCUUGUACGAUUCGAGGAAGCCGAAACACAAGCGCAUGAGCAUCAUGGCCAACACGACAAUUGCGCGCAUGUACCACUCUGAGGCUGUACUCAUGGACGACGGAAGGGUGCUUGUAUCUGGUUCCGAUCCGGAAGAUCAGGGUAAGCAUCCUCAGGAGCAUCGAUUGGAGGUCUUCCUUCCACCCUACAUUCUCUCUGGCGCACCGCAACCCACUUUCGACCUGCCCCAAAAUGACUGGAUUUGGGAGACAGACUAUUCUUUCACAAUUACAUCCGCUACCAGCGGCGCGAUCAAGGUCUCACUGCUCGGAUCCGAGUCUAGUACUCACGGAAGCUCCAUGGGAGCUCGCAUUCUGUUCCCAAGCUUCUCUUGUGCUGGAACAUCGUGCACCGUCAAGGCACCAAAGGGGCCUUAUGUCGCGCCGGUAGGAUGGUACCGUAUGUUUGUUUUGGAUGGACCAACGCCUUCGCACGCCAAGUGGAUCCGACUUGGUGGUGACCCAGCCGGGCUUGGAAACUGGCCCAACGCAGAAGCUUUCAAGCCAUUGCCCGGUGUGGGACCUGUAAACUCACCCAAGAAGACGACUAGGUCCGAGUCUGCUGUGCCUCGCAGCUUCUUCGGAUGAUGGGGAUUCCAUAAAUGUGUUGCAAUUUAAUGUCUAUUUGUUAAUCUAGUAGCUGAGGCACUCAUGAAGACGAGGAUAUAUAACUAUAUUCCCUCUCGAGGAACUUAAUGACAAGCGAUUCUUUACCA